GCGCUUCUGCCCGCCUAGCUGCUGGUCCCGCUGCUAUCCCAUCGUGCCUUGCGUUUCCGCUUCGCCUUAUUUUCUUUCCUCUUUCCGUUCUCGUCCUCCGGGGCUUUAGAGGGCACGAGCGGUUUGGGGUUGGUGGUUGGUGGCGGCAGGAUGUUGGCUUCUCGGGCAUUUAGCCUUCUUGGCAAGCGGGCCAUUUCCACUUCAGUCUGUGUGAGAGCCCAUGAGCAUGGUAUUGCAAAAACGGAAGAUUACUCCAUGCCGGUUUAUUAUGAUGCUAAGGAUCUUCCGUUGCCUGAGGUUCAAUAUACAAAAAGUCUCUCUUCUGAGCAGAAAACCCUGAAGGAGAAAGAGAAGGCAUCAUGGAGUGCCCUUUCUCCGGAUGAGAAGGUGGCAUUGUACCGCAUCAAAUUCCAUCAGACCUUUGCUGAAAUGAACAGGAAAUCCAGCGAAUGGAAGACUGUUAUCGGCGGGGUGUUCUUCUUUCUUGGCUUCAGUGGCCUUAUUGCCCUUUGGCAAAGGUACUAUGUUUACGGGCCGCUCCCUCACACCUUUACGGAUGAGUGGAAGGCCAUGCAGACUAAAAGAAUGCUGGAUAUGAGAGUGAACCCAAUCCAAGGCUUCUCGGCCAAGUGGGACUACGACAAGAAUGAAUGGAAAAAAUAAAUGUACUCCAGGGAUCACCACUCCUGUUCAUGCCUGAAAUGUUGAAACUAUUGUCAUCUCCAUGUGACUUCGCUGCUUCUAUGUAUGGGGAAGAAAGCACCCCUCCAUUGAAAGAGAAAUCCUUAAUAAAUGUCUGGUUGCUUGACAA